AGUAAAAAACCUUUUGUGAGAAAAAAAAGGAAAGAUCGGAUCGGUUUGGUUCGGUUAACGUGGCAGAAACAAAUAAGGGUAGAAAGAGAAGCAGUGGUCCAUGGGGAAGAAGCAGCAGCUACAUAACAGAGUUCCCAAAGAUCAUCCUUUUGCCUUAUCUUCCUCCCAAUCAAAUCCCUCUCUCUCUCUCUCUCCAGAUAUACCAAUCGAUUGAAUUUACCCACCCAAAUCGAUCACCAUUCGCCGCUCUCUUCUUAUUCAGCCGUAAAGAAUGGCAGCUGAUCAGGGGAGGAAGCGGAUGAGCAGUGCCAAUGUUAUUGGUUUCAGUUCUAGAGAGCAUUACAGAGCCAAAAGGAAAAAGCUUGAUGGUUCUUUGCGUUCAGGAGGAGAUCACAUCAGUCUUGAAUGGGACAUCAACCGCAGCAAAGUAGUCUCUAAGAAGGAACAAGUGGGCUUAAGUUUGAGGCAUCUUCGCGAGUUUGUUGAUUAUGUUCCUCCUAGGCGGAGUCUCUUGGCGCAAGUUUGCCCCGUCCCUCGUGAAACUUUCCAGCUGGAAAAUCUUUCAGAGGUGCUUUCGAGUGAGGUGUGGCGAGGUUGUCUGUCUGAUGGAGAAAGAAACUAUCUGCAGCAGUUCCUCCCUGAGGGUGUUGAUGUGGAGCAAGUUGUUCAGCAGUUGCUUGAUGGGGAGAAUUUUCAUUUUGGAAAUCCUUUUCUUGAUUGGGGAACAUCUGUCUGCUCCGGGAAAGCACAUCCAGAUGAGAUUGUUUCUGAGGAGGAGUCUCUGAGGGCUGGUAAAAGAAGAUAUUACGCGGAUCUAGAGAAGUACCAUAAUGAUAUUAUAGAUUAUUUGCAGAUGCUGAAGGUGAAAUGGGAAAGCUGCAAAGAUCCAGAAAAAGAUUCUGUUAAGAAGAUGUGGAGGAGAUCAAGAGAAGGCAAUGCGCGUGUAAACGGUAGUAACUGCCAGGAUGUAACAGCUGCCUCGGAGUCUAGUUCCUGGAAUGAGGAUGAUAAACCAUGCAAUAGUGAUAGGGCUGGAGAGGUUCGGAGAAGGCCCAAGAGUUCUGCUGUGGAGAAAGAAAAGUCUCAAAGUCCCUUGAUUGCACAAGAGAAUGUUGUAAACAUGGACUUGAAAGCUAGAAACAAGGAUAAGCUACCGAAACAUAGCAUUCAGCAAACUGAUGGUGCUAAAUACAUGUCCUACCUUAAGAUAAGCAAGAAGCAGUAUCAGAUUGUCACAAGCAUGAAGCAGUCUGGUAAAAGCAUUCAGUCGAAAGCACUUAAUAAAAUCUUGGGUAACAUCAACAAUUUGGAUGUUCAACCUUAUGGAGUGUUUGUGGAAGAAGAACAGAAGAAACUGGAUGCUCACUGGCUGCAACUGGUUAAAGAUCUUCCUGCAUCAUAUGCAAUAUGGAGAAAGCUACAGUUACAGAAACGAGAUGUAAUCAGCUCUUUGGAAAGAGAACUGAAGGACAAACUCAAUCCAUGGAUGGAGGUUUGUUCAGAAAAGCCUCUGCAGAAGCAUAAUGUUCAAUUAGACUUGAGGAAUUACGAUGGAGACAGUUUGGAUCCAAAUCAGAGUGGUGACUUAGCACCAGACGUUGAAGAUUCGGGAAGUUUCGAUCAAGUCUCUGCCAAGAAUCAAUCUCUUUCAAAGGAGUCAUCGUCUGACAGUGACCAAAUCACAGAUUCAGGUCGCUGCUUGCAAGUUGGUGAACACCCCUCACAGGUUUCUUCACCAGAUUGUGACAAUAGCAUCAAUAUGGAGGAUACUGAAGCAAAUGAUUAUUCCAGCUCCAUAAAUGGCCAGUCUCUCCCACAGGCUCCAUUUCCUAGCGAGCCCCACGCUUCAGAUCUCGGAGAUGCAAACCCUUCAGACGAGAGGCUUCCUAGCACUAGUUCAAGCCAUGGAGAUGAGUUGCAGUAUUGUUCUGGUGGGGAUGUGUGGCAGCCAGUGGGAGGAACUAGGCAGUCCUACGUUGGCCGCCAAGCUUACACCCCUAGUGGUGGGUUGUCAAUCAUACACCAUCCUGAAGGUGGUGAAGAAGAGAAAAACUAUUUCAUAGAACCGGACAUGCCUGAAGAAGUUGAUAGAAGGAAGAUGUUACAGCCGGGAGCAAACACCAGUUUUGGUUCUUUCCCUAGCAACGAUCAAAAUGAACUGCUUCAGUCUUUGUUUAAAGGUCAAGGCGGCGUGGCAUCUCACUCUCUUCUUAAAGUCCCACUUAACGAGGAGCAUAAACAGAUUAUGCCCAUUGGUUUUCAGCAGGAAGGAACCAACAAUCUGAUGGAGGGAAAUCAAUUCUCUGGUCAGUUCCAGCAUCAGAUGACUGCACCACAAGCACUGUCUCAGGACCAGCCAAGACAGGUUGACAUCUAUGGCCAAGGAAGCUUGCCAGACAACAUUUACUGCGAUGGACGUGGAUUCUUGAUGCCGCGUCCGGACUGGAACGCCAGUGUUGCUCAGCUUGGAGUCACCACACAGCCACCGCUGAACACUGGCCCUUUGUUAAAUCAGAACUGGCAAUUUAAGAGCAUGUGGGCAAACACAAACGGUGUAAGCCAAAGCAGUCAUACUGGGAGCGAGAGAGAUCUGAACCUUCUCAGAGUUGCUACUAACCCUGAGCAGAUGAUUCAUAGGGGAAGUAGUCCAGAUCAAAGCUUAUUCUCUGUUUUCUCUCAGUGCAAUCAGUUGCGCCGUUCUAGAUCCGCUUUGGAGCCCGAAAGUUCGAGUGCUCAAGUAAACUACGAGAUGCUCAUGGGGGGAGGCACAACUCAGGCAGGCAGCAGUUUAGCUCAGCCUACGAAUCCUCUUGAUUACUUAAGUGGUAGCAACAACCCGGCGGCAACAUCUUUGAUGCCAGAUGAUGUAGUAUGGAUGAACCAGAGUCGUGAGAACUCUGGUCUCCAUGACCCACUAGGGAAGCUGUAUCCAAGGUCAUGGAACCCGUAAGCAUCGUUUGUGAAGUUUUUGAAUUUGCUGAAGACGCAACCUGGUCAUCUUAAAGAUUAUACAAAACCCAACAUGGGUUUUUUUAGUUUUCUUGUCCAUUUAUUAUUAUUGUGUCUGUACAUCGAAAGAUAAACAGAGGAACUUUUGUUUUGUACAUAUUUAGGUUUUCAGUUAUGUGCUAGGUAUGAAACGAGGAUACUCCAGCUACCUACCUUUUUUCAUUUGAAUCUUACAUUUUGUCUUUUCACUUAAAGUUAUUGAUUGUUUAA